AUGAUCAGCAUCGUGCCGACAUCAGCUGCCAGUCAGACUUCGAAGGACUACGCAUCCUUGCUCGCAGGAGGCGACUUGGUCGAGCAACUGAAGCAGUGCCUGCUAGGCAAAUGCCGCAGCUCAGAUGUCAAGGCUCUCCUGGAGCUCCGAGCAGAUCCGAACAGCAGUUUCCCCUACACUCUGGGGCCCAAGGAGUUCAUGGGAUCGCCUUUGACCUUAGCAGUGAAGCGCGAUCUGCCCAACGUGGUCCGCCUGCUCUUUGCAUACCAGGCUCACCCGGAGACAGCGUACUCCAUGACGGCAGGACGUUCUGGUGUGAGAUGGACUGGCCCGGCCGUAUGCGCCACCAUUGCAAGGGGCAAUCUGUCGAUGAUGCGGCUGCUGGUGGACUUUGAAGCCAACCUGAAUGGGCGGGUGAUAAAGUUCAACGGCGAGCCCAACGUAACAUUGCUUUAUGAUGCAAGCUACUUCGGCCAUGCGCAUCUGGUGCGGUACCUGUUGCAGCAAAAGGGCAACCCGGACACCGCCGUCAAGUUUCAGGACGACAUGACGAUCACCAAGACUGCCUUACACAUCGCUGCAUCUUUGGGCCACGAAGAGGUAGUGCGGGUUCUCUUGGCGGCGAAAGCACAGAUCUCCCAUGCUUUGGCCGAUGGGGGUGGGCCACCGGAGCUAAAAGAUGCUGUGGAUGGCUGUCACGUGGAGGUCGUUAAAUUGCUCGUUCAAGGGAAGGCCGACGUCUUCGGUGGGGAUGUGGGCAAGCGCGGCAUCGAUCACCUUUUUGAGGCCAACAAUUCCGUCUUGGUGGCGGCAGCUGCCACGGGUCUGAAACAGGCGACGAGCUCGGGAACCUCUUCCAUGCUGGUUGAGGACUUCAUCCACUUCCUCUCAACGCCAGAUGCCGAGGAGAUUGUCAACGCAGUCUUCUGCAACUGCGAGCUGCGCUAUUGGCAAGGAGAACGCCGGCUGGUUUGGCGAACUGCAUACGUGCCGCAUGGCGACAUGAAUGUGGCUGUCGGACCGACAAAGGAACAUUUCGAAAGGAAGUUCCAGCAUGAGAUGGAACGGGCGGCAUCGCAGAACACAGGAUUUGCCGAAGGAUAUCAGGACGGUGAGGAUGAGGACUUCCUGUCGUGCCUCCUUCCUCACAGGUUCGAGAAACUGGUUGGCCAGUCCCAGAUACCGGUGCACAUUUUUCAGUGCCUCCUGCCCGGUCUGCACAGAGACCCAGAGGUCUUGUGGGUGAUCGCUUCUGGGAUCAACGACCGCAUCUUCGAUCAGAAGGGCGCGAGGGCCAUCAUUCAGCUGGCCUGGCGGGAAGCGGAGAUCUGGCAGAUCAUCGCUUUCGCCCUGGAUGUCAUAAUGGCAGUUCUCUUCGCUCUGAUGGCCUUACAGCUCUACGAUGCGGAGUGGGGCAAAAUAGUUGAGCUGCGCGCACCGUGCUUGAUCAUCGCAGCGCUGAUUUGGCUGCGAAAAGUCAGCCACGAAGUUUUAUCUUGUCUCGGGCACUUUGCACACGGAAAGCUCAAGCAGCACUUCUUAUCCGUGGGCUUCGCAGGAGACGUGGUUCGAAUAUCGAUCACAGCUGUCAGUCUCGUUGGCCUGUCCAUCAACUGGGGGGCAUUUCAGACCCAGCAAGAACUGCAGUUGAUUUUCGCUUGUGCUGGCUUCCUCCGGUGGCUCCGGGUUCUCAACAGCCUCAAAGGAUUUGAGAGCACUGGCAAACCGAUGCUGCCUAUUUUGCAAGCUGUGCCGGCUACGGGCCCCUUCUUCUUCGUGGUCUUCUGCUGGUUUGCUGCCUUUGUGCAUUUGUACUACUCCUUCGGACUGGGUGACUUCUGGAGUGGCACCACAAUUCUGUACAACCUGGGGUUCCUAGCAGAAACCUCGGAUGCGAUGCUCCCAGCGGGUGACAACGCUGCUCAGUGGCGUUUGCUGGUGGACUUCGUUAUCAUGGUCAUGAGUUUCAGCAUGUCCAUUAUCUUGCUCAACGUGCUCAUCGGCGUUCUCGCCGAGAGCUACAAUCGAGGAUGGGAGCAUCGGGAGCGGCUCUUCCUCUUGGAGCGGUCGCGCUUCUUGGUGAACCACUUCACCAUGUCCUAUGCCUGGAAGAAAUGCCCUUGUCAAAAGCGACGAGUGCGGGGUGAGGAGGAUGCGGACUAUGUUUGGUAUGCCUAUCCACGUGCGCCGUCCAGCUGGGGGGACAUCAAUUCGGACUUCGAUAGCAUGGACAUGAACGUCCACGAAAAGAUGUCCGAGCUCCGACGCGAGGUGCGAGAAGCCAUGCAGAAGUUGUCGGAAAAGUCGCAAGCUCAGGAUCCGACUCGAAUUGCCGAUGUGGAGAGGAAGGUCGAUGACGUGCGCGCAAUGCUCGAGCACUUGACUUCGACGCUGCUACAGGAUCGCCGGGAUCCUUUCGGCUGA